UUUAAGUGCUCUAUAAAAACGAAGCAAGCCAAUUAGGGUUCUCUCCUAUUGCUCAGUACCAGCCGCUUCUUCACUUCCAGAGCCAGCGACCCUUCUCCAAUCCUCAACCAUGACUAAGAGAACGAAGAAGGCCGGAAUCGUCGGGAAGUAUGGUACCCGUUACGGUGCCAGUCUGCGUAAGCAGAUCAAGAAGAUGGAAGUGAGCCAGCACAGCAAGUACUUCUGUGAGUUCUGCGGAAAGUAUGCUGUGAAGAGGAAGGCUGUUGGCAUCUGGGGAUGCAAGGACUGUGGCAAAGUGAAGGCUGGUGGCGCCUACACUUUGAACACCGCCGCUGCUGUCACAGUUAGGAGCACCAUCAGAAGGUUGAGAGAGCAAACUGAGAGUUAAGCUGUUGGUCUAUUCAUCUGUUUCAACUAUUUGUAGGCAAUCAAAUUGUUUAGAGGCUUUCAGUUUUGAGAAUAGUUUCUCCUAUUUUACUUCUGUUUCUUUCAGGAACUAUGGAUGUUGUUGGUUAUGUGUGGUAGUAAUGUUAAUCAGAUAUUAUUAUUAUUUUGCUGUCUUGGAAGAUAUUUGAUUUCUAGUGCAAUGAAAUUAUUAAUCAACGACUCAA